AAGAAGUUGCGACAAACGUAGUAACAUUACAAACUGUAAAUAAACGCAGGCACCAUCGCGGGAUAACCAUUUUAUUUCUGUAUUUCUGCUCGUAAUCUGAUGAAACGAGUCGUUCAUAAACACACUGUAACGUUAGGGCUCCAAGUAAAGCAAUCUCGCUGCGGUCGCCCGCUAAGAUGUCGUGUAUGCUGGUAAGCGCCUCUGGGGGCCCAGUGGUCCCUCUGGAGGAUGGACGAGCUGUGAUUCUGGGCCGGGGUCCUGACACCGGGGUCGCCGACAAGAAGUGCUCCAGGUACCAGGUGAAGGUGGUGGCUUGCUAUGCAGACCAGGAUGUGGUUGUUACUCGGCUAGGUCCCAAUCCCAGUUUCCUGGACGGUGAGAAGCUGGGCCGUGGCCAGUCUGGUAAACUCACUCACGGAGGCACCCUCUAUCUGGUUAACCAGAACUAUCCAUUUAAACUGCACUACUCCCUGAGCUCAAACGGAUCAGCCUCCAGCGCUCCACCUAAAGGACUAAAAGCCACGGAUAAGACAAAGGGGGGAAGAAAUGGGAAAGAAACAGAGGCACGGUCGAGUCCAAAUCCCAAGCGCAGUAUCAUGGAUUUCUUUUCUACCUCUCCCAUGAAGUCAUCUAAAAGACGACUGAGCCCAGAGAGGGGGCACCGUGAUGAAAAGCGCCAAAAAAGAGAUGAAGAGGCUUCCGAUAGACAGAGAAAGGAAGAAGUGGAGGAGGAGGAUGAGGAAGAGAGACUGGCAGAGGAAAAGCUCAAGCAGCUGCAGGAGUUGGCAGAGAAGUCUAUGGCAGAGAGGAGCACCCAGCCUUCAUCGUCGUCACUUUCUUCAAAGGGCUGUCUAAAGAGCAGCUGGCAGCAGAUAGGCAACCUGCUGCUUUACACUGCUGCUGGUGUCAAAGGGAGUAACAAGAUUGCUGGGUUUGACAUAGAUGGCUGCAUCAUCACCACCAAGUCUGGCAAAGUCUUUCCCACCGCUCCAGAUGACUGGAAGAUUCUGUACCCUGAGAUUCAGCCAAGACUGGCCAACUUGCUGAAAAAAGGAUACAAGGUGGUGUUCUUCACCAACCAGAUGGGGAUCGCUAAAGGCAAACUGAGACCAGAAGUCUUCAAGUCUAAAGUUGAAGACAUCCUCACCAUGCUGCAGCUACCUGUGCAGGUGUUUGUUUCAACCGGUCCUGGUAUCUACAGGAAGCCAGUGAUGGGAAUGUGGAAUCACUUGUGUGAGAAGGCAAAUGAUGGUGUGACUGUUGACAAGACACAGAGUUUUUAUGUAGGAGAUGCUGCCGGUAGGCCAGAGAACUGGGCUCCAGGCAAGAAGAAGAAGGAUUUCUCCUGCAGUGACCGACUGUUUGCUCUGAACAUUGGGUUGCAGUUCCACACCCCAGAGGAGUUUUUCCUUGGUUGGAAGAGCGCCCCCUAUAGCCUGCCAAAUUUUGACCCUAGGAAGAUUGACUCCACUGCAAGGCUGUACGACCCGCCCUCUGCCUCUCUCAUCUCCAGCAAGACAGAAGUCAUUGUUGCCGUGGGUUUCCCUGCAUCUGGUAAAUCCUCUUUCUUCCACACCCACAUCAUUCCAAAAGGCUACGUGUACAUCAACAGGGAUACACUUGGUUCAUGGCAGAAUUGCGUGUCUGCAUGUGAGCGUGCUCUGAAAGAGGGCCGCAGCGUCGCUGUAGACAACACCAACCCAGACCCAGAGUCUCGUAAACGAUACGUGGACGUGGCCAAGGCUGCGGGAGUGCCGUGUCGCUGUUUCCACUUCUCAGCCUCUCUGGAGCAGGCCAAACACAACAACAGAUUCCGUGAGAUGGCUCCAUCAGACAGCAAACACGCUAAGGUCAAUGACAUGGUUUUCCACAGCUACAAGAAACAUUUUGUGGCUCCUGCUCUCUCUGAGGGAUUCUCCGAGAUCCUCCAGAUCCACUUUGUCCCGAAAUUCAAAGACAUCCUGUUAGAAAUCCUGUUCCGGCAGUUUUCUGAGGGCUGAUUGGACAGCUGCCUUUCUGACAUCUUCAACUUUUAAUUUCACACCGACACAUGAAAAAAUACAGAUGACAGCCAGUGAAGCAGCUGGGGUGCAUGUUAGUCAGUAGACACUGACAUGUUUUUCUGUUUCAGCUGAUGGACUGUCUGGUGAAUGGGAUCCUCUGUGCUGGGCUUGUAUGUUCUAGCUUGUAUGCAUACUGUGUGGCUAAGGGCCUCUAACUUCAAAGUAAGACCAGUGAUGUUAGCUAGACUCGCAGCUCUGAUUCAGAUACUUUCUUUCAAGAAGUGUUUUUUCAAACAAUUAAACGUACACAGUUGAAUGUACAAAAAUAUAUUUCAAUUAUAUACGCACCUCAGGAACCGAUUAUUCAAGUGUUAACCACGUUGAGUUUAGAAAGAAUACAGUGUGAAAAUAAGAAUAAUUACUUUUUUAUGUUUUGUAUGAUUUGAUGAUUAAAAACAUCUCCAUUUUACAGGUAAGUUUACUGCAACAUGACUAUGGUAUUCCAUUUGAAAAUAAAGUUUUGGAAAUCUCUUUUGAA